AGCCAUUUGGGCUUGACCAGGAGCGGCAGAGGGGCCUCCCUCAGCCCUGCCGCCAGGCGCCAUCUCUGCUUCCACCUCUGCGCGGCGAUGAUCGCCCGGCGGCUCUGCCUGGCCCCGUGGGCCGCGGCGGCGGCGGCCGGCGGCUACGAGAGGCACCGCUCCUACGUCGGGGCGGACUUCUUCAGCAAGUGGGACUUCGACAGCUCCCCCGACCCCACCAGCGGGCACGUCAUCUACGUAGAUAGCUCCGAGGCGCUGUCCACGGGCCUGGCCAACGCCACCGGCGACCGGGUGUACUUGGGUGCCGACAUGACGUCGGACACAGGGGGCGCUGGCCGCCGGUCCGUGCGCGUCAGGUCCAAGGACACGUUCGAUUCGGGCCUCUUCAUCGCAAGCAUCGACCACGUGCCCACGGGGUGCAGCACGUGGCCCGCCUUCUGGAUGUACGGGGAGGACGCCAACCACCCGUGGCCGUCGCUGGGCGAGUACGAUGUGAUCGAGGGGGUCAACAACCAGGUCCGCGCCUCCACCACGCUGCACACCUCGGACGGGUGCGACCAGGCCGAGGUGCGGGCCGGCGAGGACAUGACCGGCGGCUGGGCGCCAGGGUCGCCGAACGCCAGGGCCUCCAACUGCUACGUCCACGCCCCCGGCCAGUUCAACAACCAGGGUUGCAUCCAGGAGGGCCCGGUGGACUCCAUCGGCCCAGGCUUCAACCAGAUGGGCGGUGGCACUUACGCCGCGGAGUGGGCUCCCCAGCGCGGGUACUUCCGGACCUGGUUCUGGCCCCGUGGCCGGGAGCCGGGCGACAUCGCGCAGGGGGCCCCCACGCCUGAGGCCUGGGGCACGCCCUACUCCUUCUUCGGGCUGGGCCUCAACUGCCCGAAGGAGCACUUUGCGCGCAUGCAGCUGAUGUUCGACCUGUCCUUCUGCGGCGACUGGGCCGGCGGCACCUUCGCGAGGGAUUGCCCCAGGUUUGCCGAGAGGAUGACCUGCGAGGAGCUCGUGGCGUUCCACCCGGAGGAGCUCCAGGAGGCUUACUGGUCCAUACGCGCGCUCGACGUCUACCAGCUGUCCGAGGACGAUGCGGUUGCCGAGGACGACUCCGGCCCGCGGGGGGGCGGCGGCAUCAGCUGGUGGCACUUCGUCAUCUCGAUGCUCAUCGUCUUGCAGAGCGUCGUGAUAUGUGGAAUCGCCCUGUUCGUGUACCGGAUGAUGCGCCCCAAGCACCACCUGCCCGACGUGGAGAGGGCGAGCGAGAGCUCCCCACCCAGCUCGCCGACCAGGCCGCUCGUCCUGGGGCCGGCCAGCCCCCAACAUGGUCGCCCAGCAGUGCCGCCAAUGCCCCCAAUUCGAAUGCAAGCCGGGCGAGAUCAGGCGGCCCGAUCCGUGCCGCUGUCGCGUGCGCAGUCGGCACCUCAGAGGGUGGGGCCGAGCUUCUCCCUGGCGCGCCCCUGAGGCCAGCCCGCCCGAUGCGUGGCGCUGCCCCGCGCGCCGUCGUCACCCCAGAGGGUGGGGCCUAGCGUCGGCCUGGCGCGCCGCCUACCGCAUGUCAGCACUGUCCGCUGCGUCCCCCUCCCCCGCGGGUUGCAGGGCUUCUGCGCGCCGGCGCCUGUAGCAGAGGCGGGCGAGCUGAGACAACGUUUGCCCAGCCAGCGGGGGGAAGGGGUCUCUGUCGCACGGGGGGCGGGGACGAGGCUCUCGGUGCCAAAAGCAGACGGCGCCGCGCGCUGACCCGCGCCAGGGCGCCGCACGCGCCCGACAGGCCCCCCCCAGCAGAAUGUAUUGUCCAACGGAAUUUGCAGCUUCCUGCCUCGUCGGAGGCCCACUAGGGGGCCCUCCACUGGCCCGCGAGGCCCGCCGCGGGAGGCCCCACCGGGCGCGCGCCGCCCUCGCGGCGAGCGCGGGAGAAAA